CUGAAUGCGAACAUUGUGAAAGUAUUAAAUACCCACACGCGAGAGUACCUGUUAGAUAUACAGGGAAGCGCAAACUGGAAAAAACGAAAACAAAAGAGAGGAAACAUAAUGUAAUUUCCCUGGAAGCGGCUGCUCUUUGGGUGUAACUUUUGCACUCAGACCGGUAGAGUCUCACGUCGGGGCCUCGGGAAACGAUGACUGGUGAGGAAUGAACGCCACUUUUUACGCGCUGAACAUUACCUCAGACAUAUAAGCGUAUCGGUCGAGGAGCUGGUGAAUUUAAACGAGUGAUUUUGCUUCACGUUAAUGCUCUUUGACCUGGACUAUUGGUCGUAGAGUGCUCAAAAGAUUCAGAGUUUGAGGGAAGCUAACAGGCUAUUCAGCCACACCCUCCCGACGCUUCCUGAUACGCAAGAUGUAGCGGGAGACUACAACCACCGUAGGAGAGUCUCAAUAGCGACCGAAGUUCGUUACCGAACCCCCUUGGUCGUGGAAACAGCAACAAACCUGUCAAGCGUUAAAGAAAUGGUAAGGAAAAGUGAAACUCUCUGCGACUGUACAACCGUUGCUUUUCUGCUGAGGAGGGAGUAUGGACAAUAGAUAUGCUCAAGGAACUGAGUUUGCCCAAAAAACUUGGAUUGUGUACGAAAAAGAAACGGCUGAAAGCCGUUUGCGAGCGUUUUAUGGAUUUUGGAGGCGUCGUGGGAUGAUGAUGCAGAGGUGGCGGGGCGCUCGGUCGGCGCUCGCGCUUUGGUUGGAGGGUCACGCGUGUUCAGCUAUAUGGUCAUCGCCAUCCUGCCGGACAUUAAUUUAAAUGCAUUUAUGUCACGAUUUAAGAACAAAACAAUGUUGGAUAUACAGUGGAACCGAUUAAGCAAGCCAGAAGUUUGCAGUUCUGGAAGUCUGUCCGUCAACCUGCACUUUGCCUACAUUUGGGCAUCCUCUGAUACAUAUGGCACUGCAGUAGCCCUUUAAAAGAGUGUUUAUGGUUUCUUGCAUUGUUGGAGCAACAUUGACAGAAGCAACCUGUGAAACUGAUCCCCACCCCCAGUUUGGGCAAUUCAGAGUUUUUCAAUUGAAGGGAUAUUUAAUUAUAGCUCUCCUGAGCCUCUUUUUGCCCACAUUUGCUUAAAAAAAUUUUUUUAAUUUUUUUUUUCAGUUUUACUUCUUUCAUGAGAAGACAGGCCUUUAUUCUCACAAGAACACCGAGUGAAGUUUUAUAUUAUUAUGCGAUAGCAAAUGUUUACUCAAAGAAAUAAGUGUCUUGUGUGUUUUCAAAGAAGCUAAUAGUGGACUUUGUCAAUAUUUUUUGAAGGACAUUAUAGAAGACUUUUUGGCCAGUUUUUACUCUUCCCAGAGAAGGUGUGGGAAUAUCUUUCAAACUGAAGAAAAUGUUACAUAUCCGCACAAGUCAGCGUGUGUUGUAUUCUUUAUUUUGAAAAAGGAAAAACAAAAUUUUAAACAUUAGUGCGAGAACCCUACUAUGGCUAGUAGUGGCUCGGGAAAAUCAGAUAGCGAGGUUCCUACCAACAUCCUUAGUGGCAGCUUGCAACAAAGGAAAAGACUUUCAUCCAUCUGUGACGCAUGCAAAAGCAAAAUGCAGCUGGUGGCAGACCUGCUCCUAUUGUCCAGCGAGACCAGGCCAGUGGUCCACUCCGAUGGCCUGCCAGUAGCAGAGACUUUUGAGAAAUGUCGCGACACGGUGAUCGCCAGAACGAAGGAGUUGUCCAUUAUUGUUCAUGACAUUCAGAGCCAGCUCAACAUGGGCAAAUUUGUGGAGGUUGGGGACCGACUAGUGGAGAUGGGCAACCUCGUGGUCUCACUGACGGAGUACUCGGCACACGCAGCAUAUUUGGCAGCUGUGGAGACCCCAGGCUCACAAACUGCUGUUACUGGCCUGGUGGACCGCUAUAAAGUCACCCGGUGUUGGCAUGAAGUGGAGCAGGCCUGCAACAUUCUCCGUCUGACGACUCUGGCUGACCUGACGCCACAGCUCCUUCUGGAGUUGUCGCAGAACAUCCUAAAGAACCUCACCACCCUUACGGACGCAUCAUCUCUGGCCAGUGAUAAAUCCAAGGACAAGUUUGCCAAGGAGCAGUUCAAAGCCAGUGUCAAGUGCAUGAGCACGAGUGCCACAGCUCUCUUGGCAUGUGUGAGGGAGGUAAAGGCCUAUCCCAGUGAGCUGACCCGCAACCGCUGCGUCCUGUUCAGCGGACCACUCGUGCAGGCGGUGCACGCCUUGGUAGGUUUCGCCACCGAGCCGCAGUUCCUUGGCAAAGCAGCCAGCAUCACCCCCGAAGGGAAGGGGGUGCAAACGGCCAUUUUGGGCGGAGCCAUGAGCGUGGUGUCGGCAUGUGUGCUGCUGACCCAGGGCCUCAGGGAUAUCUCUCAGCAUCCCGAGAGCAGCUCCCAGAUGCCCAUCUACCGGGAGCGACUGCGGAACUCUGCUUGCGCCGUCUCAGAUGGAUGCACGCUCCUUUCUCAGGCACUAAGGGAACGAUCCUCACCCAGAACUCUACCGCCAGUUAACUCUCAUUCUGUGAAUUAAACUCCUUAACAUACACAACACCAACCCCUUGGCACAUUAUUUGAAGUACCAAAGAAUCUAAUCAGGUUUCCCCCCAUAUAGUAUGACCCUAUUGAAUAAGUAGUGUUUGUGUCUACAUUAACUCGUCAUGGCAGACAGCUUUACUUAUCUUGAGGUCAGAAGAGACAUUUAUGUUUUUUUUUUUCAUUCUGGAUGUGUGAGAAAAAAAAAUAACUUUACUAAAACUGACAACUAUUGCAAAUCUAUGUUACCCUCUUUCGGUUGAGAAUUUGGCUAUAUAAGUGGUUACUCAAAUAGAAGAAGGCUUAAUAAAAUGAAAUUGAAAGUUUACCUCAGUGUUUAGCUGAAUGGAUGUCAUUGAGAUGUGUAGAAAUCCAGAGUUGUGCUCAUGCUUGUGUUCCAUGUGUGAAUUUGUAAUGCGUAAAAGCUGCUGUGAGUGUGUGCCACAGGUUUUACACUAUUUACAAAACGUACAAUUAUAUUUUAAUGUGCUGUGUUUUUCUUUUUCUUUUUGCCCAUCCCCUAAUUUUUAUUUGUAUUUUUUAUUUUAAUCAUGCAUGUACUGGAGUAUUUAUUUCAAGUUAUUAAAAUGUUGUUUCUCCUGACUGUUAUUUUGAGACCUCUCAGUCAAAAGAUUAAAUGACUUGAUUAUUCUAAAUCUACAACAGAGGCAGAAAGUUUUCACUGGAUGGUCCAAAAGGCACCGUAGCUGAUUGUGUCCCAAUAAUAAUAAUAAUUAUUAUUUUUAUUUUUUUGUAAGGUUGUUCACAUGACAUUUUUUCAAUGUAGCCAAUUUCAGAUACAGGUCUGAAACAGUGGCGUAGCCACGGGUGUGCCAGGGUGUGCAACUGCCACCAAAAACAUAAGCUUGCACACCUAAAUGAACUUACAGGCUUUUUGAUGCUUAAUUAUGUAUGUAAUGGUGUAAAAUGCAUUAUUAUUCUGCUGAAACUUCAAUGCAUUGAUUAGGAAAUGUAAUAAUCAAUUAUAAUGACCAUAAUAAUUCCCAAUGUGUUAUAGAGACUAUCUCAGAUUACACACGCACCCGCACAAAACUGAGGAAACAAGCGCACAUUUUAAAUUAUGCUACUGAGUUCGGAUUUAUGCCUCAUUAUUCAUAAUUGCAUGUGUCCAUAUGAGCAAAAUAAGUUAUUUGUUGUUCUUUUCUUCCCCAAUUAUGAUAUAUUAUGCAUAUUGUGGAAUAUUUGGAGAAUAUGCUUGAAAAGGUAGGCUAUACUGUCCUGCGUUUUUACUACUUUUUAUUGGUUCAGUAAAUAUUCCCCUGAUGAUAUGCAAAUCUAUUGCACAUAAUCAGUGGUCUACUUACCGUCUGUUUGCAUCAUGUCAGACGUGGUAUUAUCACGCAUUAUUAUUUAUAAUGGCUUAAUAAUUAACGUAACAGCAUUAUUUUUUUUAUUUUUUUUUUAUUAUGGACCAAACCUCCCUCUAAUCCAUAAAUAGAAAGAAUGUUCAAAAAAGGUUUUGAAUCUUCUUACAGUUAUGCAACACAAUGCAUUGCUGAUUUAUUUAUUAUUCACAAUGAAGUUUUUAAACCAAUGACUACAA